CCACUUCAUAUAUUGACAAAACCCCAUCAAUUUAGAGAGAGGAUUAUGAAUGUGGAGAGGGAAAAUCUAGGUGGGUUUUCAGAGAAAUUAAAGAAAGAAGCAAAAUAUGAAGUUUUUUCUUUCUUGGUCUCUGUAGUUUUGAAGUUGAAAUUCCUUAUUCUUCUGAUCCUACCAAACAAGGACAAAUCAAUGGCGACAAAAACAUACCCUUGUAUUGUCUGUCUCUAACGCAGCCAUGGAAAAGUCGUUCCGGACAAACCCUUUGAUUCCAGGGUGCUCUGUUUCUUCAUCAAAACCCCUCCACGCUUUUCUUUCAACCCAACACUCUCCCUUCUUCUAUGAAAUUGAAUCUCUGUUUCGUUUAGCUGAGAUAGACCAUUUCUUCUUCUUUGUUCCUUUCUGGGUUUGAGGGAAAUUCAGCUUUUUCUCUACCAACUACCCACCAGAUCGUUUUGUUCAUCUUCUGGUACUUUAAUGGCAGGAAUGUUUAAUGGGGAGGGAUCCUCGUCGGUAACUUCGUCGCCUUUGCAGCUCUUUCCGUGGUCGUUAUCGCCCGGUAUAGGAUCACCUUACCCUUUUCUAAGGGAGCUCAAAUCUGAAGAGAGGGGCUUGUGUCUGAUUCACCUUCUUCUUGCCUGUGCCAACCAAGUUGCUAUUGGUAACAUUGAAAAUGCUAAUGUUGGCCUUGAGCAAAUUUCCCACCUUGCUUCGCCCGACGGGGACACAAUGCAGCGGAUUGCUGCUUACUUCACUGAGGCACUCGCCGAUCGAAUACUUAAAUCCUGGCCUGGCUUACACAAAGCCUUGAACUCUACCAAAAUAUUGUCGGUCCCUGAAGAGAUUCUUGCCCAGAGAUUGUUCUUUGAAUUGUGUCCUUUCCUGAAGCUUGCAUAUGUGAUAACUAAUCAGGCUAUUAUAGAAGCCAUGGAAGGAGAAAGGAUGAUUCAUAUUAUUGAUUUCAAAUCUUGUGAACCUGCUCAGUGGAUAAACCUUCUUCAGACAUUGAAGGAUAGGCCAGAUGGUCCACCCCACUUGAGAAUAACUGGUAUUCAUGAACAGAAGGAAGUGUUGGAACAAAUGGCUCUUCGGCUUACUGAAGAGGCUGAAAAAUGGGAUAUACCAUUUCAAUUCACCCCAGUUGUUAGCAAAUUAGAAAACCUUGACCUUGAAAGUUUAAGGGUCAAGACAGGUGAAGCACUUGCAGUUAGCUCUGUACUUGAACUUCACUCGGUUUUGGCUACAGAUGACGACAAGAAAACGUCCCCAUCUGCAUCGAAGAACUUGCAAAAACUCCUACGUAUGAAGCAGCGAACACUUGGAGAGUGGCUCGAGACGGAUUCAUUGCAAGUUUUUAGUAGCCCGGAUUCAGCCUCAGUAUCUUCCCCAUCAGGAUUGAAUCCUUCCCAAAAGAUGAACAGUUUUUUGACUGCACUAUGGGGCCUUUCUCCUAAAGUUAUGGUAAUAACUGAACAAGAAUCAAACCUGAAUGGAUCUGCUUUCAUGGAGAGAGUACUAGAAGCACUAAACUUCUAUGCUGCAUUGUUUGAUUGCUUAGAGUCAACGGUGUCGCGAUCAUCUAUAGAGCGACAAAGGGUUGAGAAGAUGCUUUUAGGAGAGGAAAUAAAAAACAUCAUUGCUUGUGAGGGAGCGGAGAGGACGGAGAGGCACGAAAAGCUCGAGAAAUGGAUGUUGAGGCUCGAAUCUGUGGGGUUCGGAAAGGUUCCAUUGAGUUAUCAUAGUAUGUUAUUGGGAAGUAGAUUGUUGCAGAGCUAUGGAUAUGAUGGGUAUAAAAUCAAAGAAGAGAAUGGAUUUUUGUAUAUCUGCUGGCAAGAUAGGCCUCUUUUUUCAGUUUCAGCUUGGGGGUUUCAUAGGCAAAGCUGAUGAUGAUGAUAGAUAUAAUUUCACUGCAAAGGAGGAUUUGAAUGCCUUUUAACUUUCUUCUUCUUUUUGUAAUCAAUUUUUAUUGGCAUAAAUGGUGCUCAAAACUUCACUUCCUCAGCAAAUGCAUAUUGUAACAAGGUUCUUCAGUUUCUCUUUUCCUUUUUUUUUUUUAGGCAUUUGGUUUUAUUUAUUCUCUCGAAGUUUUCUUUUUUGAGCUCAUCGUUGUUGUACAUACAGCAUUAAUAGUCGAGGUUCAGGUUUUUGUUAUCUAAA